UUUCCCCAAAAUUUACAAAAAUUAAAAUAAAAUCCAAAUAAAUUUCAAACAAAAGAAUUUCAAGAAGAAGAAGACUCCAAAAGAUCGAUCGACUGAAUUUUCUUUUUCAAAAUUUAGAGAGACUGAGGGAAGAGAGAAAGAAUAGGCAACAAUGGCGGAAUCAACAACAAAUAACAAUAAUGAUAGUGGAGGAGGAGGAGGAGGGGGAGAAAGUGUGAAAUUAUUCGUUGGUCAAGUACCAAAACAUAUGACAGAAGUUGAACUGAUUACUAUGUUUAAAGAAUUUUCUUUGGUUGAUGAAGUUAACAUUAUUAAAGACAAAACUACUCGAACUUCACGAGGUUGUUGUUUUUUGAUCUGUCCGUCGAGAGAAGAAGCAGAUAAAGCAGUUAAUGCUUGUCACAAUAAACGAACGCUACCUGGAGCAUCUAGUCCCUUGCAAGUGAAAUAUGCAGAUGGCGAGUUGGAAAGACUAGAACACAAGCUAUUUGUUGGUAUGCUUCCAAAGAAUGUCUCUGAUGCUGAAGUUUCUGCGUUAUUUUCUAACUACGGGAAGAUAAAAGAUUUACAGAUUCUGAGGGGUUCUCAACAGACUAGCAAAGGCUGUGCCUUUUUGAAGUACGAGACAAAAGAGCAAGCUGUUUCAGCCCUGGAGGCCAUCAACGGAAAGCAUAAAAUGGAGGGUUCAAGUGUUCCACUAGUUGUCAAGUGGGCUGAUACGGAGAAGGAAAGGCAAGCUCGGAGAGCUCAGAAAGCUCAAUCCCAAGCUUCUGGAGUGCCUAAUACUGAUCUGGCACAACAACCUUCAUUGUUUGGGGCCUUGCCAAUGGGUCACAUUCCUCUAUACAAUGGAUAUGGGUAUCAGGCACCUGGAACUUAUGGACUCAUGCAGUACCCACUACCACAGAUGCAGAAUCAACCUGGCUUCCAAAAUAUGGUUCCGCCAGUCAACCGUGGGAGUGCAAUCCGUGGACUAUCACCUGAUCUUGCUCCUGGUUUAAGACCUAGAGGUUUUUCUCCGGCCAAUUAUAUGAGGUCUGGAUAUCCUUCUAUUCCAGGUCUUCAGUAUCCUAUGUCCUAUCCUGGUGGAGUGAUAAAUCAAGGGUCUCACAAUAGUUCCCAUGCUACAUCCCCAACUGCAAAUAAUAACUUAGCUGCAUCUUCUAACAUCAUUACAAGUUCAGGGGCUCAAACUGAAGGUCCUCCUGGUGCUAAUCUAUUUAUCUAUCACAUCCCUCAAGAAUUUGGAGAUCCAGAGCUUGCAAAUGCUUUUCAGACGUUUGGUAGAGUCUUGAGCGCUAAGGUUUUCGUAGAUAAGGCAACUGGUGUUAGCAAAUGUUUUGGCUUUGUCAGUUAUGAUUCACCAGUAGCAGCUCAAUCUGCAAUUAACGUCAUGAAUGGCUACCAAUUAGGAGGUAAGAAGUUAAAGGUUCAACUUAAGAGAGACAACAAGCAGAGUAAACCAUACUGAAAGGUAAGCUAAUAAAGGAUACAGACACUCUACCAAUGUGAAAGUAUGAAACCUUGGAAGUCAGGGACUGACUGCAGUAUAAGCCAAAAUCUGGGAAUGGGUGGAAAGAUGAUGAAAGUUCAUGUAUGUUGCUCCGUCCUAUCAUACCCUAAUGCAGGAAAUCAUUAGCUAUCUUGUGUGAUUGAAGUCCCUAAAAAAAAACUCUCAUUGGUGCAUUCACACCAGCUCAAUUUGUAAUUUAUGUACCAUGGAAGUUCAUUUAGACAUUGAUUAUUAAUUUAAUUGAUUUUUCCCUUCAUAGCA